AUGGACGGGGACGGGGAAUCUCUGAACAGGUCGUUGUUUAUCAAGAAUCCAGGAGGAUUUGACAACAUCCAAGUGCUGAAUGUAUUAGCCACCGAUUUCUCAGAUACACAUCGGGCGAGCAGUUCUCGUAAUGAUGAUCAAUGGGAAUUCUGUAAUAUCGACGAGAAGAAUUAUCAGCAUUGGGUUGCUACUGAGCGAUACACCGAGGACACGGUCACAGCCAACGUCACGGUUUACAAGCUCAGAUCUGAGAAAUAG